GAUCCCAAAGGAGCAAGAGGGACCAGGAAGCGCUGCUGAUCUGCACAGAGCCCUUUGCCUGCUGCUGCCCCACAGGGAACAGGGAGCUGCUGAGGAGCCACAUGGUCCAUCCCUGGAUUCUCCAAGCACUGACUGCCCACCCACUCUGACCACAGCCAGGGGCCACAUCCCACUUCCUGCCCAGCGUCCAUCCAUGGAGGUGAGUACCGUGUCCCCAUCUCCUGCCUCACCCACUGAAGGAGAUGAUCUGUGUGAGACAGAUGUCACCAGCGUGGCCAUACACAGUGUGAUCCUGCUCAUCUGCCUCUGUGGGCUGGCUGGGAAUGGGGCUGUGCUCUGGCUCCUCAGCCUGAAAACUGGUAAUCGUCACUUCUUUUACAUGGCUUUCAUGGACUUCCUCUUCCUCCUCUUUGCGAUCCCCUCUGCCCUCCUCAUCCUGGUGGAGGACAUGUCCUGCUCUACUAUCCUGCCCUUGAUGUACAUGAACUUCGUUUUCCAGCUGUCAGUGGUCUCCUACUACAGGGCACUGAUGUCUAAAUUGACUGUGCUCUAUAUGGACAAGCUCUGCUGGCUCUGCUGCCGCUGCCACCUUCCCGAGCGCCUGAUGUGGGUGGUGGACAGUUUCCGAUACUGGGCCUUCUUUGGUCUCUUCACUGUCAUUCCUGCAGUGACAUUUCUGUGCCCAUCACACCAGGAGGAGCACUGCCGGGCAGCUCUCAUCUCCAUGUACACCAUCACCCUGCUCCUCUUUGCUGCACCCGUGGUCAUUUCUGGCAUAAUUGACUUCAUUAAGGCACAAUGGGGCUACCAGCAGCAGCAACCCAAGAAGCGCGACAUUGUUACCUACCUCGUUGUGCUCUUCUCUCUCCUUCUUACCAUAUGCAAUAUCCUGCAGCAGUUCGGUUACGUCACUGUCCCCUCACAGGUUCUUUUCCUGCUUGCCUCCAUCAACAACAGCAUCAAACCCUUCAUCUACUUUUUGGUGGGGAGGUGCUGGAGGCCCUGCUCCAUAAAGUCCCUCCAGCUCUCCCUCCAGAGGGUCUUUGAGGAGCCAAAAGAAAAAACAACCCACAGUGAUGGUCCUGCCAUGAACACAGUGCUCUGAGACAUUUGAUCCCUACCACUGCUCUGCUGAAGGACCUCGGCACAGAGGCUGAGGGUUUCCCUGAGUCUCCUGAUUAAUAAAUAUCCAUAGGAUCACCUAAACCAUGGGGCUGUAUUCCUGCAGGAGAAGGGAGCAGGAGCAUUGCCUUGGGUGAUUUUUGUGGGAUGCUCUGCAGGGAGCACACUGGAGCAUGGCUUUCCUCCUCCCUCCUCGAUCCACAUGGCUCCAAGCAGUGCAGCUGGGCUCAGUGCUCUUCCCCAGCUCUAU